UGUUUUCCUUCUGUCGCUUUACCAGACAAGCAGCGAAACGGCUACGGAUGCGUACGUAAAUUUAGCCCCGCCUGUCCGCGCUUAUCCCCGUUAAGUAGAGCAGGAGGUUGCAGGCUUCGGAUAUUGUGUGAUUGAGUGCAUCCGGCUUGUGAAGAGCUUUCACGAGAGGUUUGUUGUCGUCCUUGUGCAGGACCUGAAUCGCCGAGAGGCUUACUUCUCCAUCGAAGUGCUUGAUGCGGGUACGCGUCGGCGCUGUUUCUUGUGUUUCUCAGGUGACCAUUCGGCAUGAGGGAGAAAUUUUGCUGUUCUUGACGCUGGAGGUAGCGGGGUAGUGGAAUCGGAGAUUGACCAUCACGUUGUUCAUGUUUAAUUCGAGAUUGUCUUCUGCGAUCACUCUUGCUUAGAGUGCUUCACAGUUCUGUGCCUCCAAGACUAGCAAGAUGAAGGUCCCUUUCUUCUCCAAGAGCAAGAAGUCACAGCUUGAGGCGCAAGGCGCUCCACCCUCCCCUCGUCAGGGCCCUGUCAAUGUAGAGUCGAUGUCUUCGUUGUCGUCGACGUCAUCGGGGUCUAUGUCGUUUGCCACUACUUCCCCGGCCUCUUCAAUGGAGAAGAAGCACAAGAAGUCGUCUUCAUUCUCUGGACCACUAGACAAACUGCGGAAGUCGUCGUCGUUUUCUGGUCUUUCUAUGCCCACUAGGCAGAGUUCUGGGAAGUUGUUCAGUUUUAAAUCAAUGCGCCAGAGAAGUGGUCCGCAAACUCCCGUGGAGCAUUGUAAAGAGCUGACAGAGGUUUUUAAAUACUUCGACAAGAACGGCGAUGGGAAGAUAUCUGCGACUGAGCUUGGUCAGGUGUUGAGAGUGCUUGGUAUUAGCUCUACUGACGAAGAGCUGGCGGCGAUGGUGCGUGAGGUGGACUGCGAUAGCGACGGCUUUAUCGACUUGGAUGAGUUUGCGAAGCUUAACAAAAUGACUCAGGAGGCAACAUGUGAUGAAGAGAGCGCCCACAAAACAAUGGAAGCUGCUUUCGACGUCUUUGACCUUAACAAGGAUGGUUUCAUUUCUGCCACAGAACUGUACAGAGUUCUUUCCGAAUUGGGUGAAGUCCUCACUGAGGAGGAUUGCCGAACGAUGAUAAACAAUGUCGACAAAAAUGGUGACGAGCUUGUGGAUUUCUCCGAGUUUAAGAAUCUCAUGCAGCAGGACACCCGUGUUUACUGAGACGUGAAACUGUCCGUAGCUGCUGCUGUACACGAAUGAUCUUGGUUGACAUGCAUUUCAGGAAUACCUCCUUCGUCAGGAAAGUUUAUGUUUUGUUUGACGUCUUUGGCUAGCCUGUUUUUUCUUUGUGCAAGCUUGAGUGUGAGGCUGUAUUUAAGUAAGGUGUACCCCGGACAAGGAUCUGUCUCUUAGCCUCAGUGGAGACCUCUGUAAUAUAAUUUUUUUCUGCUUCCAAUGAAUCUAUUGGAUCGCAAGAAUCAUCAUAUUGAGCAUGUUGAGAUCAUGAAACUUGUAGCAGACUUGGAAAGGAUUGCUACAUCUCAGCGGAGCAUUUUGGCGUGAGAACUAGUUGUUGGUCACCUGAAAUAAACUGUGGUCCGAUAAUGUUAACUUCA